AUGCGCUCAAUGAGAUCACCCUUGGGCAACGCCGACCCUCGUGUUGCGAUGAUUGAGCCUCCGAUAGAUACCUUACUUUCUCCUUCCUUUGCUUCGGUCCUUGCUUUUGAUGAGCCGGAUGAACCUAGAUGCCAGGACCUCAUAGCACUCGACGAAGACCUGUGUCAGCACAAUAUGGGUUGGCAAGAUCAACCUGGACUCAAUAGCUCCCGUGAAUCGUCACUCAAACGGGGCAGUGUCAAGCGCCCUCAAUACCCUCGACUUGAGUUGGAUGUUGCCAAGGACAGGUACCAUGCUCUCGAUGGGCCUGCAGAACCAUCGAUCCCAUGCAACACCCCCGACUCGGCAAAUGGAAGCCCCAAUGAAUGGCGUCGCGGGCUCAAAGCUGACAAUCUACGUAUCCGCUCAGCCCCACAGGCACCUGUAUUGACGCUCGAUUGGCUUGAAGAUAGGAAAUUGAUCUACCAACCAAGUGAGGGGAAGGGAAAAAACCGAGCACAGAAGCAUUGUCUCUCCGUCUCAGCUGAACCACGCUCUACUUCACCAACCACUACGGGGAAUUUUGACUGCCUGACAGUGAGUUUCUCUCCCAUCAAAGGCCUUGACGAAAUCACCGCUUCGAGGUGUGUUCGAUUCUCUCCACCUGAGGCUGCAAGACAUCGGUCCCCUCGCCCAGGCUCACGCCCUCUCCCUUCUGUGGAACGAAAGCAAGACUACAUCUCCCUUUACCGGCAGCAAAAGCAACAUGAAAAAUGGAAAAAAGCCACCCGUGUUUUGGCUCGACCUGUCUCUCCCCGUCGCAGCCCUGUCAAAGUGCAAGUAUCGACAAGCUUGAACCAACAACCGGAAAUUCCCUUUCCAUCCCUUUCAAAGAUGCUGUUCCGCCAGGAUGAUCUUGCAACUCCCACCCAGGGCACAAAUGGGUCACAAUUUCCAGAUGCAAGUCCUGUUCUGGCAGACGUCCACUAUGAGAAAGAAGCUUCGCCACGGGAAAAAGUGCAUGAUCUUGUCGCUCUGAACUUCGGCCUGUAUCGACCUCGAAAUCCGGAACAUCUUCCCCGCGAUUCAAAAUGGGCGUUUGUGCGAGUUCGAAUGAGCCCAACGUUUAUUCCAGCCAGCGGAUUGCUCGAGGAGACACAGGAGAUGAAGCAAAUAAUAUGCCGCCUACCCGCCGAGGACCUGCUUCUACAUUUCAUUAUCGUUCUUCCCUAUUUUUUCAUGCGCAUUCCUCUCACUGCACUCGCCAAGGCUGGUCGACUGGCAAACUCUCAAGCGGGUCUUACUAUCCUCGAUAUAUUCCGAAUUGUCUGGUCUUUUACUGCCGCGUUCAUCCAAUUUACAGUACAACAUCUUUGGAACCUGACACCUGGCCAUCACGCGAAAGUCAAGACCAAGUACCGAGACAAAGCCCGCCGUCAUUAA